AUGAUAAAUCCAACGAUGGCCAUAAACCCUUUACCGACAUCAGGGCAGCAAAGGAUCCCACUGGUUCCCUCACCAUUUGGAAUUCCAACUGUGGAUAGAGGUUUACUGCCUUCCACUGUAGCUCCAAGUAACCCAACACAGUUCCGUGUUCCUCCCCAGUUUGGAUCCUCUGCUCUACCAAAUGCAAAUAUGCCGAACAUGCUGUCCAGUCACGUCUACUCAGGUUUUGGCAUUUUACCGGAGUCCGUAAAGGCAACGGCCAAAAGGAAUGAAAUGAUUCAAAGGCAGCAUACUGCCAGAGUGGGAAUGGAAAUGCAUGCCAUUUACCAGCAAAGGAGAAUAGAAAAAGUGAAUCCCAAGGGACCAGCAGGCCUAGGGGGACCAUUCUUCUAUGGCUCCAGUAUCCCAACUGUCCCAGCCACCUACCGUGGCAGAAGCAUGCUUCCUGCCAGUGAUCUGCAUUGUCACAGAAGCACCCUGAGAAACCUUCAGGGAAACCCCAAGCUAGUGGCAACUGGUCCAUGUUUUCUAGAGAGCUGGUGUCAGAAAGGUUAUCAUCUCAGAAGAGGGGCAGGGAAUAAGAAAGUUCUAGACAGUGAUACUGAGAGUUCCAAAAGUCAAGUAGAAGAAAAAAUCUUAGUCCAGACUCUUGCAAUUCCCUGUGAAAAGGAUGAGUAUGCAAAAGGCCCAGAAACUGAAGCUCUCAACAAUAAGAAGUCAAGAGGAGCCAAUGAAAAGCCAACUACAGCCCUUGCCAAUGCCUGUGGAGAGCUUGAGCCCACCCAUACAAAACCCUGGGGAGCCCAUGGUGCUUCCAUAGAAGCAAAGGCCUGGGAUGGUGUGAAAGAGAAAGCUUCAGAGCAGGUUUUUGCAGCCUGUGGUGAAAACAAUGGAGUAUGCCCUCCAAUUUCUCAGCCAUCUGUGCCAGGAACAUACACACUGGUUACAAUUGGGGAAAAUCUGUCUUUGGAUGAAGAUAUUCAGAAAUGGACCGUGAAUGAUGUGCACAACUUCAUUAGUGGCCUUCCAGGUUGUUCAGACUAUGCUCAGGUGUUUAAAGAUCAUGCAAUUGAUGGAGAAACUUUGCCAUUACUCACAGAGGAGCAUCUUCAAAGCACCAUGGGGUUAAAGCUAGGGCCAGCAUUAAAGAUCCGAUCCCAGGUAUCUCAACUUGUGGAAAAUAUGCUCUCCAAGAAAAAUAUUUCACUUCAUACCCAUACAAAACAAGCAUUUGAUCAGCCCGCAGGUACAUCCCCUCUUUCAGGUUUUAAUUCCUGGAGCGAUACAUUGGACGUUCCUUGUUCUCAGGAUAUAAUACUUGCAAAAGGAAUCAAACAAGACAGCAUGAGCAACUAAAACCAAGGGGCAGUCUUAUUCCAUUUUCCAAAGAGUCUAGAAUAUUCUAGAUGGUAUGUGAAGGUUCCCAGCACCAAAUGAAACUGACAGGGAGGAAAAGCCAGCCUUCCUGGAGCUGUCUUGGAGGGGGCCUUGCCCAAGAGGCUCCCUAAAGUGACUCCGGCACAAAGUGGCUGGAGGUGUGUGCUUGGG